CUCUCCUCUCUCUCGCUUGCUCGCUCACGCUCGCUCCGCUCCGCGCUCGGGGAGCAGCUGCUGGGCCGGAGAACAAGGAGCGCGGGCGGGCGGGCGGGCGGGCGGUGCGAGGCUCCUGGGUCCGGUCCUUGCGGGCGUCCGCCGGGGACCAUGCAGCUGCGGGAGCAUCACCACCAGCAGAAGCAGCAACAGCAGCAGCAGCAUCACCAGCAGCAGCAGCAGCAGAAGCAGCAGCAGCAGCAGCAGCAGCAGCGGGCACAGCAGAGGCGGGGGAUCCUCGGAGCCUAGGCGGCCCCAGCCCCGCGCUCUCCCGGGGAAGGAGCCUUGGCCACGGGGGCUGGCCGCCGGGCGGCCGUCCAGCCGAGCUUCGCCGGCCAGCGCUUCUGCGGGAGGAGGAGGAGGAGGAGGAGGAGGACGGCGAGCGGAGGAGCGGUCAGGUAGCAGCCCCAGCGGCAGCCAGGCCCCGGCCCCAGCCCCUGCAGCAGCGGCCCCAGCGGCCCCAGCCGCGGCAGCGGCCGAGCGCGCUGCCCGCCCGGGAGGGACGGCCGAGCAGGCUUAGCAGGCGGAGAAGCCGGGCGCCCCCCGCCGCCGCCCUCACCCCAGCCCUCGCCCCGCAGCCUUGCCGGCCAGCGAUGACAUCAACGGGGAAAGAAGGCAGCGGGGCGCAGCACGCGCAGUAUGUGGGACCCUACCGCCUGGAGAAGACGCUGGGCAAGGGACAGACAGGCCUUGUGAAGCUGGGGGUUCACUGUGUCACAUGCCAAAAGGUUGCAAUCAAAAUUGUGAACCGGGAGAAGCUCAGCGAGUCAGUGCUGAUGAAGGUGGAGCGGGAGAUAGCCAUCCUGAAGCUCAUAGAACACCCACAUGUUUUAAAGCUGCACGACGUUUAUGAAAAUAAAAAAUAUUUAUACUUGGUGCUAGAACAUGUGUCGGGUGGUGAGCUCUUCGACUACCUGGUGAAAAAGGGGAGGCUGACCCCCAAGGAGGCCCGCAAGUUCUUCCGACAAAUCAUCUCUGCUCUUGACUUCUGCCACAGCCACUCGAUAUGCCACAGGGACCUGAAACCCGAAAACCUUCUGCUGGACGAGAGGAACAACAUCCGAAUAGCGGACUUCGGGAUGGCGUCACUGCAGGUUGGGGACAGCUUAUUAGAAACCAGCUGCGGGUCACCCCACUACGCCUGCCCCGAGGUGAUCCGGGGCGAGAAGUACGACGGCAGGAAAGCAGACGUGUGGAGCUGUGGCGUCAUUCUAUUCGCACUGCUGGUGGGGGCGCUCCCUUUCGACGAUGACAACCUGCGGCAGCUCCUGGAGAAGGUGAAGCGGGGGGUCUUCCACAUGCCGCACUUCAUCCCCCCUGACUGUCAGAACCUGCUCCGGGGCAUGAUCGAAGUGGACGCCUCCAAAAGGCUGACGGGAGGAGUGAAGCCCCCGGCCCUGGUGCAGGGGGGCUCCCGUGGAGAAGAGCAAGCUGUGGCCCCUGUGGGGUGUGAACCUGUGUCCUACGUGUCCGCGUGUAUGCGCACAGAUGUGAACCUGUGUCAUGCUUGUGCGCAUGGAUGUGAACCUGUCAUGUUUGUGCGCACGGGUGUCAUGUUUGUGCAUGCGGGUGUGAACCUGUGUCCUGUGUGUGACGCGGUGGAACCUUUUCCCCGUGUCGGAUGCCACAGAUAUGUGAACCUGUGUCAUGUUACGCGGUGUGCCUGGCGUUUGUGCGUGGAUGGAACCCGCAUGUGUGUGGCAUGGGAUGUUGCCACUGCCCUGAGCACGGUCUUUGCACCUGCUGACCUCACCUCCUGGGGGAAGAAGGGGGAAGGGUCCGAAUGGGCUCCUGUGGCCCUGCCCGGCAACAGCUGCCACCAAGUAGAUGUCCAUCCACAAGGGGGCAAGAAUGAGCCGGAGCCAGAGCAGCCCAUCCCCCGAAAGGUGCAGAUCCGAUCCCUGCCAUCCCUGGAGGACAUCGACCCCGACGUCCUGGACAGCAUGCACUCUCUAGGCUGCUUCCGAGACCGAAAUAAACUCUUACAGGACCUCUUAUCAGAGGAGGAAAACCAAGAAAAAAUGAUCUAUUUUCUCCUCCUUGACCGGAAAGAAAGAUAUCCCAGCCACGAGGAUGAGGACCUCCCCCCACGGAAUGAAAUAGACCCCCCCAGGAAGCGUGUGGACUCCCCAAUGUUGAAUAGACAUGGGAAGAGGAGGCCUGAGAGGAAGUCCAUGGAGGUCCUCAGCGUGACGGAUGGUGGCUCCCCAGUCCCCGCCCGCCGAGCCAUUGAGAUGGCCCAGCAUGGCCAGAGUAAAGCCCUGUUCAGUAAAAGCCUGGAUAUCUCUGAAGCCCAUCCCAAAUUCAGCAAAGAAGACAGGAUGGCCAGUGCCAGUGCAUUGGGGUCCCGGUCAAUCAGCGGAGCGUCGUCGGGGCUCUCCACCAGCCCGCUCAGCAGCCCCAGGGUAAGUACCAGCCUCUGGAUCCCUCCUUCCUGCCUUGUCCUCUGGAUCCCGAAGACCUGCUGCCCACCCGUGGCCUGUGGGGCCUGGUUCUCCCUUCAUUUGUGGCCUGUUCCAACUUUUCAGCAAUCAGAGAAUUCUCAGGGGCUCUACGCCUUCCUCUCGAUCCCGAGCCUCAGCCACAGCGUCAUCUCCCAGACGAGCUUCCGAGCAGAGUACAAGUCCACGGGCGGGCCGGCCGUCUUCCAGAAGCCGGUCAAGUUCCAGGUGGACAUCACCUACACGGAGGGGGGCGAAGCCCAGAAGGAGAACGGCAUCUACUCAGUCACUUUCACACUUUUGUCAGGUCCAAGCCGGCGCUUUAAGAGGGUGGUGGAGACUAUUCAGGCCCAGUUAUUAAGCACGCACGACCAGCCAUCAGUCCAGCAGUUAUCAGACACCACUAACUGUAUGGAAUUGAUGACGGGGAGACUUUCCAAAUGUGGCAGCCCAUUGAGUAACUUCUUUGACGUAAUUAAACAACUUUUUUCAGACGAGAAGAACGGGCAGGUGGCCCACCCCCCCGGCACGCCAACCAAGCCUAGCGCCCACAGCCAGCGGAGAGAGGCCGAGGCGCCUGCCGCCAAGUACCCGGGCGGCAGAGACAAGGCAAAGUCGGCCGCACCAGCCGCCAGCCAAGAGCAACCCUAGAGACAGACUGCCGCCCGCCCGCCCGCCCGCCCAGAGCUGCCCUCCCCCUAAGCACAGCGCCGAGCCCGGCGAGCCCCGCGGCCUCCGUAGGGAGCCGGCCUGGCCGCCGGCGGGACGGGCAGAGCAGGCUGGCACUGCUGCCAGGGCAGCCGCGGGAGCCCGGGCCGCCCGGACCGAGGACUGUGUAUAUGUACACGACCAUAUAGAUAUUAUAUAUAUAUAUAUAUUAUAUAUAUACAUACAUACAUAUAGAUUUAUAGUCGCGCUAUGCUCUGGGCAGCCAGGCAGGGGACGGGCGGAGCCGCUGACGGACGGGCAGGCAGGCGGCACGGACGGACAGACAGACGGCACGGACACAUAGCACAGACUUCGCAAAGCACUGGCUCUGGCGAGGGCGCCGGGCCUCCCUCUCCUCCCCACUGCUGCUCUGCUCCCUCCCCCGGCGGGGGCCUUUCUGGGCUCCUGCUUUGGCCCUGGUUGGCUCUGAGCGUGCUCUCUGUCUCCUCCCCUCCUCGGCUCUCUCUGUCUCUCCUCUGUCCCCGUGUCUCUCGAGUCUGUCUGUGUGUCCUUUUCUUUCCUCUCAGUCUAUGGAACUGUCUCUUUGUUUCCUCUUUCUCCCUCUCUGUGUGUCUAUCUCUCUGUCUCUGUCCCCAUGUGUCUCUUUCCUCUCUCUCAUUCUCUUUGUGUGACUGUCUUUCUCCAUCUGUGUCUCUUGUCUCAUUAUAUGUCU